AUGAUCAUAAUCAGGGUUCUUUGCAAGUUCUUCAUGCAUGGAGCUUGCUUGAAAGGAGAGUACUGUGAAUUCUCCCACGACUGGAGUGAUCAAGCAAAUAAUAUUUGCACAUUCUACCAGAAAGGUGCAUGCUCGUAUGGUAGCCGUUGCAGAUAUGACCAUAUCAAAGUUUCUCGUAACCCCAUAGUGCCACCACCGCCGCCAACGUCAAGUGCUGCAAGACGUGUCUCAUCUACUUCUCUUCAACCUUUAAGUUACAGUCAUCCACCUCACACGGGGCACCAAACUGAUUCAAGCAACCAAAGACAUCAGAUAUCUGUGGAUGUGUUGGCACAUUCUGCCAGUAAGCCUGCAUGGAGAAAUGAUUUUCAACAUGACAUUGUUUCAGAUGAUGGAAUUGACUGGUCCUCUAAUCGAAAUUUGCUAAACGAGACGUCAUUGAAACCUGCGGAUCUGCCUAUUUGUUCUUUUGCUGCUGCUGGUAAUUGUCCUUAUGGGGAAGGGUGCCCUCAAAUGCAUGGAGAUCUGUGUGUAACCUGUGGAAAAAUGUGCUUGCAUCCUCAUCGUCCUGAUGAGAGGGAGGAGCAUAUCAAGGUAUGUGAGAAAAAUCACAAACGCCUUGAAGCUCUGAAACGCAGCCAAGAAAUAGAAUGCAGUGUAUGUUUGGAUCGUGUGCUUUCAAAGCCUACUGCUGCUGAAAGGAAGUUCGGACUGUUAUCUGAAUGUGAUCAUCCUUUCUGUAUUGCAUGCAUUAGAAAUUGGCGUAGCAAUUCUCCUGCAUCUGGUAUGGAUGUGAACUCAGCACUGAGGGCUUGUCCAAUAUGUCGGAAACUUUCAUACUAUGUCAUUCCAAGUGUGCUGUGGUACUUCUCAAAGGAAGAGAAAGAGGAGAUCACUGAAAGCUACAAAUCCACGCUCAAGUCUAUUGAUUGCAAGUACUUCGACUUUGGGACUGGCUCAUGCCCCUUUGGAACAAGUUGUUUCUACAGGCAUGCCUACAGAGAUGGCCGCUUGGAAGAGGUUGUACUGCGGCAUCUUGAUGCUGAUGAUGGAAGUACAGUAAUUGCAAAAAGUAUCAGGUUAUCAGACUUCCUCAGUAGGAUGCAUCUUUAG